GACGUAAAGAUUAACCAAAUUCUGCCCUAUUAUGUAAAUGACUUUCCUAUCCCUCUCCCCUUAGCCUCAUGUCCCCUCCUCCUUUACCUUUGCUCAGAUUCUCUUACUGUAUUUUGAAGCAGUCAGAAUAGCUCUGCGAAGAUGUUCCGAAUGAGGGUAUUUCUACAAAAAGUCUGGAUCCUUUUGUACAUGUGCCUGUGCACUGCUAUUGGUAAAAUACUGAUGAUAUUGUUCCCAGAAGCUGUGAAAAGAUACAUUCUAAAACUGGGGCAGAAGAGCAGCAUAGUCAGGAAUUCAAAGUUCAGCUAUGAGAACUGGGGUCCGACUUUCUUUAGCUUCAAAUAUUUGCUCUUUGUGUUGAAAGUGAAGUGGAAAAGGCUGGAGGAUGAAGCAUUUGAGGGACAUGCGGCUCCCAACACCCCGGUAGUGGACCUGGAAGGUAAAGCUCAUCACAUCUUGGAUUUCAUGCAAGGCAACAGACCUUUAGUCCUGAAUUUUGGAAGCUGCACCUGACCUUCAUUUCUGUGGAAAUUUGACGAGUUCAACAAGCUUGUCGAAGAUUUCAACCCUGUAGCAGAUUUCCUUUUAAUCUACAUUGAAGAAGCUCAUGCAACAGACGGAUGGGCUUUUAAAAAUAAUAUUGUUAUUAAAAAUCACCAAAACCUUGAAGAUCGAAAAAUGGCUGCACUGUUUCUUCUGAAAAAGAACCCCUUAUGCCCAGUUGUUGUGGAUACUAUGGAAAACCUCAGCAGCUCAAAGUAUGCUGCUCUCCCAGAAAGACUUUACCUGCUUCAAGGAAGAAAGGUUGUUUAUAAGGGUGGAGCAGGACCUUGGAAUUAUCACCCACAGGAAAUACGGGCAAUCCUGGAAAAACUCAAAUAGGCGACCAAAACAGAGGUCACAAGAGUGAAGUGGUUCACUGAACAGCUUGUUAUUGGUUAAUUUAAAAAAAAUGUAUGUGGAGUGGUUUACUUAAAACAGUACAGAAAUUAGAAAUUAAAAUGAAAGCAUAAACCUACCUAGAAACACAAGAAAAUGAGAACUUGGUUAAUCAGAUAUUGAAUUACACCUUAGCUAUUUGAUUUUUUGAUUAACUAGGAUGGCACAGAAAUAAAAUCCUAAUCUCACCAAAAUCAAUGGACUGGCUUUCACUGGACUAGACCUUAAAGCCACAUCUACACUGCGUCAGGAUAGCAACCUGGGAAUGCCAUAUGGAUGGACACCACAUGCAUUGUGUAUACCAGGGGUAACUAACCUGGACCACAAGUGGUCCAGGAAGCCUCUGUGUGUGACACAGCAGAUUGGGAACGGGACACGAAGCACAGCUGCAGAAAGGGCAGGAAACAGAAAACAGAAGUAUAUCAGGCAGGGAACAGAAAAUAGAGCAGCAGAUUAGACAGGGAGCAGAGUAGGGAGCAGUGCAACAGAUUAGGCACAGGAAGGGGAUCAGAGUGGCACUUGGGGAGAGGGAAGGGCUAAUUUGUGGCACGCCUGCCAAAAAGGCUGGCCUCCACUGCUGUAUACUAACUUCCAUUUUCAAAGGUGGCACAUUGCCAAGUGAAGAAAGAACAUGUAAUUUUCAUCAAGCAGUUUAUACUGUUAAGUGAUAAGGCCAUUUGUACAAUGGUGCUCAACCUAUAAACUGUAUUUAUGGUAGUGUGCGACUUAAACACAUGUCAUUACUGCAAUCUAUAUUACUCUUUUAGAAUAUUGUCUAUAAUGUGAUGUACAUGGUAUAUGCACUGAUGAAUAUUAGGAACCCUUAUAGCUACAUUGCUCUGUACAUUUUUUAAGAACUUUAAUGAAGGAAUAACUACAGGAUAUUAUUAAUUUCAAUAGGAUUUACACACAACUACAACCAUACAAAGUAUAUUGAACAUGUAAGGGGCAAAUACUAAGGUAUUCUGGUACCCAUAUGUUAAGAUAAAUAUUCAUCAUCACAGCAAUGACCCAAUGUGUUAUAACUAGAUAGUGACAUACUCUGUGAAACUGGAAACAAUAAAAUAAAUGGUACUUGAAAGUUGUACAAAAUAACUGGCAGGAAAGGGGCAGUAAUGCAUUAACAUGGAAAAUGCUUGCAUACAUACUGAUCUUCAUUUAAACAAUAUUUUUAUUUAUAUGCAGUUUUUUCUUAAUGUUCAUUUAAGGUAAAUAUUAAAUAGGUAAAAUUUACCAGAAGGUUCAUGAAUGAAACAAUUUGUAUUAAUGUAUGUCAGCCUUGGUUCUAUUAAUAUUUGUUUAUGAUAGUCACAGCAUAAAGCACAGGCAGCUAUGACUUGAUCUGAGAAAAAUAUUUAUAGAGCCAAUGCAUUGAACAGAAUGAUUAAAAUAUAACAAACCAUCUUAUGUGGCUUCAGC